UACAAGGUAACAGUUAAUGUGAUUACGCCAGGAUUAUUUCCUCCAACUCAGCAAGCUCUAGCUGCUGUCACAGUCCAUGCUAGCGCUGCAAACUAUUUGCUAACAGGCUAACUAGCACUCAGCUAAAAAGUACACCCCAGACCAUGUAUUUUGCGAUGUUAAAGAGCAAAUUUGAGUCUCCAAGUGGCAAGCAGAUUGAAAUAUUACCGAAAUGUUUCUUUCUUGUAUUGUAUUUAUGCGUGAUUUGCAUUUCACCUGGUGUUUGACAGCAGACUUGUGAAUGAAUGAACUGUGUGCAUUACUGCUAAUGUUAUUACAGGGGUUCUACCCAGGCGAAUAGUGGCUACACAGCAACAUGGGCGAUUUCAGUCAGUCCAUGACUGGAAUUUACAUGUUUACAUGUACUGAAGAGCCGGUCAAAAUGUCCCAGUAUUCACCAUCUCCAAAUGUGUUCAGUUUCUUGGACACAUUUUGAGUUGAAUUACUCCAUAUAUACCACAGAGUUUUGAGUUUCUGAAACGAUAUCAUAGCAAUCUUGGGACUCUGGUCAAACUCUCCAAGUACAUCAUAUACUGGUUGUACACACAUAAGCUCAAUGUGAUGCGUAUGAUACGACCGUUGACAAGAUCCUGAUGUUUGAGCAGUCAGAUAUGGCUACAGACAUUUUCCCAACUGCAACUGCCACAAAAAUAUUGAGAAAAAAAGCUUUUGAGUGCUAAUAUUUAAAUUCUCUUGGGCAUCAAUGCAGAUGCUAUGUUUGUACAUGGUAGGCUGGGUAUGUUUCUGUUUGCUUUUUGUCAUGCAAGGUGAUUUAAUGUUUUUUCAGGUAGUUGCUGUGGUAUUCAUGUGCUGGAGGAAAGUACGGAAGUAGGAACUGUAUGCUCGUAGUGCAGGCUGUUACUGGUGAUCAGUGGUGGUCAUGCUUAGGAGGCAGUUCUGGGAAAAUUCACUGAAUACAUAAGUUGGCAUGAAGUCUAGCACCAUGGGUGUGGAUGCAAAGAAAUAAGAUGGCCAAGACAGGAUGGUUUUGUGUUCUAGAUUUAGGCUGUUUUAUUUGGUGUGUGUGGGAGUUGGCUUUUGUCUUUUUGCUUGUUUUGUUGUACUAAAUUGCAUUGUAUAAAGUAAAGGUAAGGUGCUCAUGUAAUGAAGUAGCGAAAUACAUCUAUCCUUAUUAUGUGAUGAAGUCUAAUGUUAAAAAGGCUUCAAACUCAUAAUCACAGGUACAAAUGUAUGUAUGGUAAUUACACUGCAUAUGUGUACUCACUGCUAAUUGUAGUUAUUUGGAAAAAAUAUGCCACAUGCUACUGAAGUAAAAAUAUCACAAAGAUGCAGUUAUCACCUGUUUUCUGUAUGAACUCUUGGACAUUUACACUUAGCAAGGUUAAUUGGGGCUUUAACAUGCUCUCGGACAUUUCUGUGUUUUAUCGUACCUACAUAACUACUACUACAUUUAAGGUGGUGCACAUGCAGCACAGCAUGUGAAAGCUGAGAGUCUUAUCUUUUCAGUGAUAUAAACAUUUACAAGAUACAACAACUGUAGGUACAACUAAACCAUCUUCUAAAAUACAUCAAAGUAAUAAUGUCAACGCUUAUUUUUAUGUGGUUCCAACACGCAUAGCAACAACAACAAAAAUGGUCUUGUUUUGUCCGGAAAUGUCCAAAGAAUUGCAAUUGGAUCGUUCCAGUUUGAAAAUAUAUCCCACUAUUUCUCCUUCGUUUCGUUUUGUCGCCUUUGUUUUGUUUUGAAAGUUGACAGGCAUUUUUUGCAAAUUUGGCAGGAAUGUUAAGGGGUUAAGGAAUCAGCAUUUAAGCCAUGGUUUAUAGGCCCUAUCUUUUUUAAAGUUAGAAAAUAACUGACAAAAGACAAUAACUCCUAGUGAGACAUUCACUGUUGACAUUUUCCACAUACCAGCAUGAAUCCACAGGUAUGAAUUAUUGACAGCAUCCAUGCUGCCUUACCGCUACCCAGUAUAAUAAGGAUACAGAUGAGUGACAAAAGAAAGGAAGAAACGAAAGAAAUGAGUGGAGGAGUAUUACAAAUGUGAAUGCUUCCAUACAGGACACAAGGACUUGCUGAAGCUGUUCUGGAGGCUCAUGCUGGCCCAACACCUUACUACCACUAUCCAACACAUACUUUUUCAUGGUGCAGGCUCAGGGCAUCAUGUUAAGGGACAAUGUAAGGACCAUCGGCCAGAUGAUCCGGUUGUAUACCAACAAGAACAGUACAGUCAAUGGGACGGACUAUCCUGAUGGCAGUAACUCCAGUGAAUACCUGGUUCAGCCAACUACGUAUCUUCCAGAGAACUUCACCUAUGCCCAGAACCUCCCCUGCCCGGAGCGAUUACCUUCUAUGAAGGGCCUUAUGGAAGUGAACAUGACAGAGAUCCCUAUGGAGGAGAUAGAACUGAAGUUCUCCAAGUUUUUUGACAUUGAGUUUGGAGGCCAUUGGAAACCACAGGACUGCAGACCUCGCUGGAAGGUGGCCAUCCUGAUUCCAUUUAGAAACCGCCAUGAACAUCUCCCCAUCCUCUUCCAACACCUUAUCCCCAUGUUGCAGAGACAGCGGUUGCAGUUUGCCUUUUACGUCAUUGAACAGAGUGGGAGCCAGCCCUUUAAUAGAGCCAUGCUGUUUAAUGUGGGAUUCCUCGAGGCCAUGAAGGACUUGGACUGGGACUGCUUGAUCUUCCAUGAUGUUGACCACAUCCCUGAGAAUGACCGAAACUACUAUGGCUGUGGUCAGAUGCCACGCCACUUUGCUGCCAAGCUGGACAAAUACAUGUACAUUCUUCCAUACAGCGAAUUCUUUGGCGGUGUGAGUGGACUCACCGUGGAGCAGUUCCGCAAAAUUAAUGGCUUUCCCAAUGCAUUCUGGGGCUGGGGAGGAGAAGACGACGACUUGUGGAACAGGGUUCACUAUGCUGGUCUGAAUGUCACGCGACCAGAGGGAGAGAUCGGCAAGUACAAGUCAAUUCCCCACCACCACAGAGGAGAGGUGCAGUUCCUUGGGAGAUAUAAACUGCUGAGGUAUUCCAAAGAGCGGCAACACUUGGACGGCCUCAACAACCUCCAUUACAGCCCCCACGUCUCCCUCAGCAGCCUCUACAAGAACAUCACGGUGGACCUGUAUCCUGAGCUUGCCCCUAUCACAGACUACUGAACUACCCCCACCCACCCCCUCCUCCACAUCCCCAACUGAAAGAGCUCCCCUUCGGCCCUGGCCUCCUCGCACCCCUUUCAACUAUUCACAGGCAGAGUGGUGGUGCGGCACGGCUUAUAUGGGGGGGGCACAAGCUGGGAGGGGUGAAGAGGCGCAACAUGUAAUGCUGCCAAGAAAUCCUGAUGAGGAAAAAGAAAAGAAGAAAAUAGAAACCGAAAAAAUGAAGAGGCAGUGGCAAGUCUCUCAAAGUGACCUGUUGAUAUUUUGUGUCUCUGCGUGUGUACUUCUAUAUUUGUGAGGAACCAGUUUGAGUGUUAGACAUGACGGCAUGAGGACAUUUUGGCCAGUCCUCACUUUCUGACACACCUUCAAAGGGCUGCUUGAGGGUUAAGACUUGGUCUUGAUGGUUAAUGUUAGGGUAAAGGGGCUUGGGAAUGUCAGUGGGUGUCCUCACAAAGAUAAAAGUACGUGUGUGUGUGUGUGUGUGUGUUUUUGGUGGUUUGGGGUGGGGGGCUGCAUGUCUUUAUGUCCGUGCUGGUUUAAACACAGUUGACAUGAGUCUUGGUUUAGGCUGGAGGGAGCAGCAGCAUCUCAGCUCUCAUGUUUACUGCAAAGCCUUAAUGUGGCAGAACCACAGCUCCCUCUGCUCGGCUCCGCACUGCUUCACUUCUGAUGUAUCACCGCCACCUUACAAGCCAACAGACAAGUUCUUGUCUCAAUUUCUACUAUCACUUGUUUUAUACAUAUCAUUUUGUUAGGCCACAGUAUUCCUAAAAGGAGGAAUCUGAGCAAGGUCAACAUUAAUAUUUGUGACGUACUUUUUUUUUUUUUUUUUUUUUUUGAUACGUGCUAUUUAUUUUCUCUGAUUCGGGAUGUUUGAAGAAGCACUCCUGUCUAUGUCACUCAAGUAUUUCCGUUUGUUUUGCUGCACUGCUGCUGAAUCCGCAUGAACAUGUAUGUAAAUACUGGGCUCUAAAAAGCUUGAACACAGAACACAAAUAUGUAAAUAUGGGCCUUUUAAAUGCUUGGGCAAAUUACAGUGAUAUUCCAGUGGGUUUGAAAUUUUAUUUUGGCAGCUACCUUCUUUCAGAGGAUUUAAUAAGAGAGAGUGGUUUCUUCCUAACUGGAAGAUCUUCUAUAGGAUGUUUGGCUUUAAAAGAAAAAAAAAAGAAAAAAAACAAGUAUCCAAAUCUCAAGAUUUGGCAUUAUCUUUUGCAUGCCUUAAUUUAUUACGUUUAUCAGAUUUUGUUCUUUUCAAACAACAUAAAUUAUUUCAUCAUUUGGAAAUGUGUAUAGUUCUAAUUUUGCCUUUUGUUUUGCUUUGUUUUUUUUUUUCUUUGAGUUGCACUGUGUGAAAAAAUAGAGCUGCUCCUCAGUAGGAGGACUUGACUGAGUCAUCCUCCUUGACUUUGUACAAGGAGGAGGGUCAGCCAUUACAGCAGGAGUGUCUUCACACAACAUCCUUUAUUGCAGGUUCAUCGUCUCUUGUGAGUAUAUUUUUUUGUCUCAGAUGUAUUUUUAUUUUUACAUUUUUUAAAAUUAUUUUUAUUCUAAUGAUUUAGUGCUGGACCAUGUGAUAAAGCUCUUCAUUGUACUGUACCAUGCACUGAAGCAUGGCGAUUUGGGCUGGAUGCUGUGUGUGGCUGGACUAUAGUGUUAUGAUUUUUUUUUCCUCUAAAAUUGUGAGGCAGUAAGAAGGGCCAGAAUGAGAGAACCUUGGUGUCAGCUCUUCACAGCUGAAACUAUUGCUGUUCUUGAAUGGCACAAAAUGUCAAAAGUUUCAUUUCUUAAAUCUCUGAAUACUAUAAAGUUUGGAGAAAAAUGUUUAGGCAGAUUUAUUUUGACCAGAUAUUCACUGUUAAGAUGAUCUUCUAUAUCUCCAGAUUUUGAAUUUGACCAUGAAUUGUAUGUUUGGACAUUUUCUUUUACUGUAUGCCCUGUGAUGUUAAAUCGUAACUCCAUUUUUGCUCUGGACUGUAUUUUCUGUUCCAUCAAACUAUUCAUCAGACUAUUUCAUCUUGUUAAGUUGCUUCAUGGUGAGUCCCUCAGAGGCUCUCCUGUACACUGUGUGAUUUGGUCUUCAGUCCAAAUGGUGGUUCUACAUCUCACUGUGAGACACAUCCACUGGUGGUCCACUUGGGCUUCGGUGACCAAAAAGGUGUAAGAACUUUAGAACCAAAUGGUCUCAUUUUUUAAAAAGAGUAAAAAAAAUGUUGCAAACCAACUCACCACAAAUUUGCCUUGUUUCCGUGGAAUUAUAGAUGGAUAGAUAUUAGCAGACAGACAACUGGGAAAAAAUGUGUCUGCUGAUGAAGAUCAUGUGAUCAAAAGCUCCAGAGCAGCUGCUAAAAAGACUGGCAGCAGAUGGACGACUCUUGUAGUGAUAUGGCUCUGCUUGUUUUACAUUGUCAGACAGAAAAAACCCCAAUUUGAAGUAAUUUCUUUGGAAAAUUGUAACAUUAUUGGCCAAAUAAUAAACCAGUUGAUAGAGAAAAGAAUCAGAAGAUAACCUGAAAGCAAAAUUGUUUUCUAUUUACAUUGUAGUUCUUUGAGUAUUCUUGUGUGCCUCAAGGUUUGAUACAGUCACGAUAUUGGUGACCUAGACUUUAUUAGAUGCAUCUGAUGUGCUAUACAGUGAACCUCUAUGAUGGCUAAUAUCACACAGUAUACAGUUUGCGGUAAUACUGUUCAUUGUGUGUUUCCUGUCAGUACUAGUGGGCUACUAAAAACGCGUCUUGUUUCAAAGUUCAAAGUUUUUGUAAUGAGACAUGUACAAGUGUCUUGAUUUUGAGUUCACCCAAGGUCUCAGAACCAUUAGUAUUCAUUUUGCACCACUUUUCACAGAGCAGCUUUUGGGUUUUUGACUUUGAUGACUUGCCAUUACAGAACAAGUGUGUUGAAAACGUGUAUACUGUUAAUAUUUGGAGGGGCACACUUGGAUGUAUGACACAGGCAAAUUAUGCAUGCAGUUUUGUUGACAGCAGAUGGAUAGGUCAGAUGGCAAAUAUGGCACAGGUAUGAAAUGGCCAGAGUAAUGUUUCAAAUUUCUUUUCCAUAGAUUUAAAAGCAUUACUUGUCAGUCAGUACACCCGGGAUUCCCCACACAGAUGAUGUCUUCUGAGAAUGGCCCUUUGUCAAGCCACGGUGGAUAUAACCAAUGAUAUACCCUAACCCCCAAAGCCUCCCCCUCCCAAAAGCCCUUGCAGCAGUGAUGGUUGGAGUAGCCUGUAUGUUUACAGAAUUUUUUUUUUGUCCUCCUCAAUAGCAGAUGCAGCUAAACCCUGCGCUCCAAUAGAAUUUAUCUUAUGUUCACCAGAAGACCGGAGUCAUUCUGACACUGUGUCAAAGUUAACCUCUUUUAGACAUGGUCUGUCCUGUGCGUGAACUGGGUACUACUCUCAACAAUGUUGGUUUAUCUAAUGAUUAUCUUGUGCUAUGCUUUCCUAGUGUAGUACCACAUUUUUUUUUGCACAAGAGAAGAAAUCAGGUUUGUUUAUGGGUGAGUAGCUAUGAUCGGGCUGUGAUGCAAGUAACCUGCAGGGUUGUUAAGAGGUGGCUCACAUAACCUGACCACUCACCUGGCUUCUUGGCAGUCAGCUGGCUAGGGAGUAUACAGAGCCAUGUAAUGACAGAGUUUAGGGUUUACACAGUCUCCCCUAACAUUUUUUUUUCUUUUUUUUUGAUUCGCAUCACCUGUCAAAAAACAUAUACCAUCCCCUGCCCCACGUUUCAGUCCAUGGGGACCUGGCCUCUACAGUUCUGCACCUGUCUCCCACAUGAACCCUUAAUAAUGCUCUUAGAAAAAUGGACAUUACAAACCAUGGUGUACUCUGUAUUUCCAUGCCCAUUUUCUGAGGUAUCUUAUUUUUCUUUGCAACCACCUGAAUUUAGAUGUGACUGUUCCCAGUAUUUACAGUGCAGUUUGAUAGCACAGAAUAAUUUAGCAUUUUUAAAAGGUAUAAAGCAGCAGCCCAGCAAUUUAGUCUUGUGUUUCAGUAAAAGUUGGGCAACUUACAACAAACAAUUUUUUUAAAAAAAAUGUGAAAAUUAAAUUAUCACAGGUUUCAGUACCCUGACUUGUAGUCUCUUAGUAAGUUUCUUUGCCAACUGUGAUCCAGUAUUACUCUGUGCAGAUGACUAUAAUAAAGGCUUCGAACUGAAGAAUAUUGGCACCAAACUCUGAAAGCACUGAAACCUGCACUUGCCAUAAUGCAACUCAAAGAAUCUUUUGUCUGACCCUCUAUGCCCGAUUAAUGUAGAUUUCCAACUGAAGCCCAAGCCUGAUUACAUCAUUAUGACAUCAUCAGUGUUAUUUUGUCCCCCAGAGCCACAGAAGACAUACAUCAUCAUUUGUCACAGGCAGAGUAGUACUUGACAGGUACACUUAGCAUGAUGAGGCAUGCCAGUCAAGGGGUUCACCAAAAAUGCGACAAACUGACUAUAUCUAACAGAGGCUUCUUUUACAUACUUCUUUUACAUGUUGUGCUUUAUCUUUCUUCUCUCUGCUUUAUGCAGCGAGCAGUGUCAAAGUAAAUGUAGAGAGUUUGUUUUUCCCAUCAUCAUGAGGAGUUCAGAAAUGAUGGGAGAGGGCAGUAAGCAUGUAACACCUGACAUCAACCUUCUGCAUAUGCCAUUAUGGAUCCACUUGGAUCUGCUUAGUAUCUGUCUUGCAUGGCCAAAGCCAAAACUCUGGUCCAAAUUGCCAAGUUCUAAACUGGGAAAAUAAUCUUUGUGAUCAGUUUUCUAAAUUCGUCCUUUGCUUUGGGUGUGUUGGGUGUCAGCGUCAGUGGGUUCCUGGUGCUAGCUGAGGUCGACUCCACUCAUCUCAUCAGCCCUUUGUAUCACACGGCUGUCAGAAAUAUCUAAGACAGCUCCAAUGAUUUGUUCAUCUUUAGACAACUGUAUUCCAUUUUGCAGUAUUUAUUUGUGCCUUGAGCUCUUUCUUUCUUUCCCUUCUCUUUACAUUCAAACUGAAGACAUUAAAAAUAGUUUUGUUUUCCUAAAUUGUCAAUGUUUUGCCCCUUCAUAUUAAUAUCGAGUCAAAUAGGAGUGUGAAGUAUGUUCAUGAUAUGAAUUUGCAAGACGUGAUGAAACCUGCUCAGUCUGUCCACUCCAGUGUUUAUGGCUGCCUUGAGAUCAUGUGUCAUGAUCCACUGUUGACUGCCUGCAGAUCAUGUUCAACGAAGUUUUUGCCCACAUACACAAGCAAUGAGGUAUAGGAUUUUCCAUUUCUUGCAUGUCAGAAGUUGAGAUUUCAUCUCAUUUACUAAGAAAUCCAUGCUAGCCCCAUCCAAUUUGCAGGUGCCCCACUCACUUGGAGCUGAAGCUACGAGGCUAAUCCACAAAGAACUGCAUCCUUAAACCUCUUCUAUAGCCUUGAGUCACCAUGGCCCUGGUCACCAAUGACCAGAGCAGAUACACAGAGGCUUUACUUUUAUGAACAGUGCUGCAGGCAGCUUUCCACUGGUGAGGAGUUACUGAUCAGAGAGAUGAUGUGAUGUGUUUAUGCUGAUGUUAUGACAUAUGUAUCCCUGUGAAAAGGAUGUUUCCACAAUGUUUUUCAUUAUCAUGUGCAGCACUGUGGUCUUUUUUUCCAUGUUCAUCAGGCACUUCUGACACUAUGAAAAUGUCUUUGACUCUCAAAUAUGUUAAUAAUUACAAUGUGACUGGUAAGUCAAUGUAAAGUAUACCAGUUACAUAUCACAGAUACAUCAGUAUCAACAUAUAUGCUGGCAGACAAUAAUGUGGAUUCAGAAAUACCAAAGAUGUUUGGAGUCUCUUAGAAACAGUGCUGAUGUUGCAUAGUUUGUCCAUUAAAGACAGUGACACGUUUAUUUAUCGACUGCAGAAUUCUCUUCUCGAUACAAUUCCUUAUGAACCACACUUAAGGAAUCUGUAUUAAAAUACUUUUUUUUAAACAAAAUACUUUAAAUAUACCAGAACAUUCAGCCAUAUCCUGUGGCCUUUUCAUCUGCAGAUGGAGAUUGCUUGUAACAUGAUAACAGUAGAAAUGAUAAAUCAGAAGGGAUAUCUCUGCAGUCCUCUGCAGCUCCCCAUCUCCAUAUUUGUCUUAAGCUUUGUAUUGCAUCACCUAUUCCCUAAACUAUGGCCACUUGCAAUAACAUUUAAGGCAUUUAAUUUAAAUUCUGAUAGUAAAUAAAGCCCCGUCCACAUAUGUUGUUUCAUGCUGCUGAAAUAUGUACAUUAUGGAUGAUAGACAAACUUCUGUUUUUCUUUAAACUAAAUGAUUAUCCUUGGAAGAACUUCCUUUUAAGGGCAAAUAUUUAUUAAGAGAACUGGAUAUGGCACCGCCACUGAGCCUUGCUGUCAAUUUGCUGCCACACUUGUGGUAUUCUAACAAAAAAACAACAAAACACACCUCCAACUCCAUAGGAUGGAUUAUGACUUUAUAUUCUGAAUUUUUAAUAUUAGGAGAGAUUAUACAUUUCUGGAGCUCUUAAAAGUGAUUCUAUUUGUGUGAGGUCCUAUCAAUGUAAAAUCUAAAAAAAAAAAAAUAAUAACAACAAAAAACUAGAAACACUAGAAAACUAUUAUGGCUCAUGUGCUAGGUGAGCAAUUUUCAUUCAAGUCAGUGGUCAGUAGCUUUGAGUCCGCUAUCCAGUUCUCCUGAUUCAUCCAUGAUUUAUUAUCCCAUCCAGUUUGGAAAUACCCCGUCCACUAAGUGCUGGUGCCUGUCUGCAGAGAUACACACUAGGAUAAAUCAGCAGAUAUUAGUAUAUUGCAGAUAUUCUGGCAUUGCUUUAAACGGCAGCCAACAAAUAACAAGAACUGGCCUAACUGAAAUACCAAAGAUAUGUUUCAAGAAAUUUGGAAAAACAUUGCACCACAACGUCCAUUAACAGUUGUUCUGGAGCUUCCAGUGUUUAUUAAAUGAUCAUUGCCCGUUUAUGUAAAAUUUAAAUAAUUUUAUAUUAUCAAAAUUUCUAACUCCCCAUUAGGGGUGUCAAAUUCUAGUAUCAGUUGGAUUCUUCAAAACAACUGAACCAUCUUCAUUUCAGCUGAACAAAUACCAUCCACUGAUGAAGGCCACAAGAUAUGGCUGAAAACCCCAGAAAGUUCCCAGCAAGUUGACCUUGGGCUAAGAAAUAGUUUUUGUCAAACUGCUCUUUCCAAGGUCAAUAAUGAACUCUCAAGCUCCAUUACAAGGUGGAAAAUCAGCUGAUAUAUUGUUAUCAGAUUUUUUUUUACUGAUCUCGGAAUAGGCAUUAAACAUCCAGUCUCCAUCAGGCUGUUACCAAAUAAAAGGCUGCCAAGGUGUUGCUUUUGGCCACAGUGUUUGGUAUUUUUUGAUGGCUGACCAAUAGCAGAGACAUUUUCUUAGCAAUGUCCUGAGUGCUUCAUGAAACCUAAAAAUGGUAGUGAAACAGAAGAAAUCACAGAGGUAUUUUCCCCUGGAUGUUUGACCACAUCACUUCCAUCACAGUAGGAUGUUGAUCCUCUGUAAGCCGAACCCCACUCCCCAACCAACCACUCACAACCCACCCCUCACAUUUUUCUUGACAACCUUGACCUGCAUGAAAUUCAGUGAUGUUAUAGGUUAUAGGGUACUGGAGGACAUUUUCAGUUUGUUUGUUUGUUUUUUUUGUUUUGUUUUGUUUUGUUU